AUGGGCACGCUCUUGUUGAUCACCCUCUCAGUUUUUUCAGCAUUAAUCCCACCAAGUUUUGCCAACAAUGUCCUUGUCAAUAAUCCGUGCCGAUCUUAUUGCGGUAACAUAACUGUUAGUUACCCUUUUGCACUCCAAUCUGGCUGUGGCCAUCCAGGUUUUAGAGACCUCUUAUUUUGCAUGAAUGAUGUACUGAUGUUUCAUAUAAGCUCAGGAUCAUACCGAGUAGUAGAAAUAGACUAUGCGUAUCAAUCUGUUACGCUACAUGAGCCUUACUUGUCAACUUGUGACACCCUUGUGCUAGGCGGCAAGGGUAAUGGCUUCGCAGUGGAGCAAUGGCGGUCUCCAUACUUCAAUCCGACCGCCGACAACGUGUUCAUGCUGAUAGGUUGCUCGGCUCAAUCGUCACUCUUCCAAGGAUUCCCCGGGAAGCACUUGCCUUGUCGAAACGUUUCGGGUAUGGGCUGCGAAGAUUACUAUGGAUGCCCGGCGUGGAGUCUAGCGGGCCGUGGACAAAUGGGCACGAUGUUCGGGUCAGGUCCGCCGGAGUGUUGUGCGGUGGCAUUUGAGGCUAUUAAGGCUAUAAAUCUGAGUAAGCUUGACUGUGAAGGUUAUAGUAGCGCCUAUAGUCUUGCACCAUUAAGAGUUGACGGGCCCAGUGAAUGGUCUUAUGGGAUCCGAGUGAAAUAUUCUGUUCAAGGGAAUGACGAGUUUUGUAGGGCAUGUGAGGCAACUGGUGGCACAUGUGGGUAUGGUUCUGAUGGGAUUAGGCAGUUGUGCAUGUGUGGCCAUAUGAAUUCCACAUCAAAUUGUGAUUCAGUUACCUCAGCAACAAAUAGAAGAACAUGGGACCGGUUGGUGACACAAAGAGUCACAGCAAUUUUUAUGUGUAUAUUAGCAUGGAUAUGA